AUGGCGGCGCAUGAAAGGGGCACCGCCUCCGUAUAGGGUCCCGAGCGCGCGGGCGCCGCCAGGCCCUCGGCAACCGUGCCGCGCGCGACCCUCUCGUGGUGUCCGGGGCCCGCCAGCCCUGCGCCCGCCGGCCUGCGCAUGGCCCCGGCGUCGCUCGGCAUGAACCCCGCUGGACUCCAGACGGGCGGCGGCGGGCGCGCGGGGCCCGGCCCGCUGCCCUUUAGCGUCGAGUCGCUGCUGGAGGCGGAGCGCGGGCUGGACUCGGAGCCCGCAGAGCCCCGGGAGGAGUGGCCACGGCGCACCGCGGAGCCCUGGGCCUGGUUCCCGACGGCUGCCCGCUCGUCCUCCCCACGCGCCCCCAGCCCUCCACCCUGCACCCUCCGAAAACACAAGAGCAACCGCAAGCCGCGGACUCCCUUCACCGCCGCGCAGCUGCUGGCGCUGGAGCGCAAGUUCCGCCAGCAGCGGUACCUGUCCGUCGCGGAGCGCGCCGAGUUUUCCAGCAGCCUGAGCCUCUCGGAGACGCAGGUCAAGAUCUGGUUUCAGAACCGCCGCGCCAAGGCCAAGAGGCUGCAGGACUCGGAGCUGGAGCAGCUCAAGCUGGCGGCUGAGCCGCUGCUGCCUGCAUUCGCCCUGCCCUUCGCCCUGGGCGCGCCCCUGCCUGGCUCCCCAGCCGGGUCCCGGGGCGCAGCGGGCACCCUGCCUCGGGUGCCGGGACUCCUCGCCGCGCCCCUCGCUGCCUACCGCAUGUAUUACCUGUCCUAG